AUGCCUCCAAAACGAAAACACACAGCUCAAGACGCCGAGGAGGAGGAUCCUAAGCGCUACGCUUAUCUGAAACCUCACAUCCGCCGCGUCCCAGAGAAGACCAUCAAGUCGAAAUGGGCUCCUUUGCCAGAACCCGUCCAGGAAAAGGUCCGGGACAUGUUUCACUCUCUCGAGCGACCGGUGAUCAUGCGGAAUCAGAACGAGCGCAAGCGCAUCGAGGCGCAGGGUGCAGUGCAAGCAGUUGUGCGAAAUUUGGGAAAACGACUCCCUCGAAUGCCAUUUCCGCCCAUAACGAAGGAAUCGAACUUUGACUAUGAAUCUGCCCUGAAUGAGCAUCGGUCUCUUGAAGCGCACCUAGCCACGAUGAAUGACAGCGUCGAUCUUCUGAAAGCCGAGAUUGCCAAAGAAGAGGCACUCCUGGCCAAGGAAACAAAGUCACUACAGGAAAUGGACAAGAAUGCCAAACGGGCCGAGGCUGAAAGGAAACGACAGACUAAGAAUGAACACCCCGUCCUCCGACAGCUGGAUGCGCUUCCGCAGAGCGAGGCCUCUCUGUCCUCGGAGUUCACGCUUCUGGGCUCGAAAGAUAGCCAAGUAACACUGGACGAGUUGAACGGCGACCCAGAGGUCCAAGGUCUCAUGAAGCAACUGCAUGGUCAUCUUCAAUCUAUGCAAAAUAAUACAGCUCCCUUCGUGGGACUUGGUGAUGCCAUCACUCGUUCACAAGCUGCGUUGGAUUUAUACUCAACGCCCAAUGAUUGA